CAAGAUCCACACCCCUAUGGAGUAUAAAGGGGAGCUGGCGUCCUAUGAGAUGAGGCUCCGGCGUAAACUGGACCUAUUUGCAAAUGUAGUGCAUGUGAACAGUCUACCUGGGUACAAAACCAGGCACAACAACCUGGACCUGGUGAUAAUUCGGGAGCAGACAGAGGGAGAGUACAGCUCUCUGGAACAUGAGAGUGCCAGUGGUGUCAUUGAGUGCCUGAAGAUAAUCACACGCGAGAAGUCCAACCGCAUCGCCAAGUUUGCCUUUGACUAUGCCACCAAGAAAGGACGAUCGAAGGUCACUGCUGUCCAUAAAGCCAACAUCAUGUAAGUAUAGAGUCUAGGGGU